CCCUCUGCUUCUCAACUGAAACCUCACUUCUCAACACCAUGUGCUGCAACUACUACGGAAACUCCUGUGGAGGCUGUGGAUACAGCUCUGGCUGUGGAUAUGGCUCAAGAUAUGGCUAUGGCUGUGGAUAUGGCUCUGGUUAUGGCUGUGGCUAUGGCUCAGGCUAUGGCUGUGGAUACGGCUCUGGCUAUGGAUGUGGAUAUGGUUCUAGGUAUGGCUGUGGAUAUGGCUCUAGCUAUGGCUGUGGAUAUGGCUCAGGCUAUGGCUGUGGAUAUGGCUCAGGCUAUGGCUGUGGAUAUGGCUCUGGCUAUGGCUGUGGAUAUGGCUCUGGCUAUGGCUGUGGAUAUGGCUCUGGCUAUGGCUGUGGAUAUGGCUCUGGCUGUGGAUAUGGCUCCAGGUACAGCUGUGGAUAUGGCUCUGGCUGUGGAUAUGGCUCCAGGUACGGCUGUGGAUAUGGCUCUGGCUGUGGAUAUGGUUCCAGGUAUGGCUGUGGAUAUGGUUCCAGGUAUGGCUGUGGAUUCAGCUCUGGCUGCUGUAGCUACAGACCUCUUUGCUACAGAAAAUGCCACUCUUCUUGCUGCUAGUCUCCAGGGCAAUUCUUCCUUCAGCUUGGGAACAAGCACUGCAAGAGAAAGUCCAACUGGAACCUCCAUCUAUUUACUGUGAGUUCAAGGAAUGACUGACAGCUGUGUGCUGAUACCUGGAAACAUCUCACAGUAUCAGUUUGCUCCUGGUAUAGCCUGAAUACUUUCAGCACAUCAUGAAAGAUGGAUUUGAUUUUACUUGGUUUUGAAGUGUAAACCCUCACAAUCAUCUCUUGGAGCCUGUGCUGCAGCUGUCUUCAGAGGCACAGAAGAAAUGUCCAGUUGGAAUAUAUGAAUGUGAAAAAAAA